UUACCUACUGACCUGGUUCGCCAACCGUAACCGAAUGAACCGUAUCGGUCGCAAGGAGCAGUUCAUCAUGGCGUAUGGCGGCCUGCGCGGCGCCGUCGGCUUCUCCCUGGUCGUGAUGCUUGGGGAUGUAAUCGACAAGGAGACGGCACAGGUGUUCGUCACAUGCACACUGUUCAUUGUGCUGUUCACCGUCUUCGUUCAGGGCUCGACAGUGAAGGUGUUGGUAAACUUCUUCCGAAUCAAGCUGGAUGACGAUGAGGAGAAGACACUGGUGGAGGAGAUUGUGACGUCAUCGCUCGAUCACAUCUCCGAGGGAGUGGAGGAAAUUGUCGGCUACGGAGGCCUCAACCGGCUGAAAGAGCGGCUGGAGACUCUGGACGAGAAGUACCUGACGCCGUGGCUGGUGCACACCCCACCCAUGUCCAACCUGGCGCGUCUGUACGACAAACUGGUACUCGACGAGCAUUACGCCAACCUGUAUGGGCCGGCGGCCGUCCUGGAGACGCAGAAGGACUUCGAUACCGGCUCCAUUACGUCGUCACUGCCCUCGUACCCCGCCUACAAGGACAAGGACCGCAAGAGCUCGCUGGCAGCCGACGACGGCCACCUGGAUCUGGAGCCGGGCUGGAUGCGGCGCAAGUCGAUCCUAAACUCGCCGAACGGCGACAUCAAGCGCCGCCUCUCCUCGGCCGUCAACCUGCCGCUGCCAGAGGACGAGCUGGCGUGGCUGCGCCGGAUCUCCGCGACCACUCCGGAGCUGCCGAUGACGCGACCCUCGCUGAGCGACGCGCGUCGUCCGUCCAUCAUGGGCGACGGUCGGCGUCCGUCUCUGAUCCCUCCCGACGGACUGGGCCUCAGCAUGGGUCGACGCUCGUCCACCCUGCCUGCCGACGGCAGGACGGGCUCGCUGCAGCCGCCGCCGCUACCCGGAACCGGCGGCAGGCGCACCUCCAUCGUCAACGACCUCAAACAGGGCUUCGCGCGCCGGCUCUCCGUGUUCGGAGCCACCGUCCACGAUCAGAAAGACCCACAGGACGAGGAGAGCGGAGGUCGCCGCGACUCGGUCUUCCUCCGCUCACCGUCUCCGCAGACGGACACACAGCUGCUGCGACACGCCAUCCGCGAGAACCCCUUCAACAAGCUGCACUUCCGCUACAACCCGAACCUGGUGGACGAAGAGGACCAGGAGGUGGAGACGCACCUGCGGCGGCGCCGACUCAACGCGCGUCGCAUGUCGCAGAUGGUGUUCCUGCCGCCGACGGCGCAGACCAUGCUGGCCGGGCUGGCCGAGCAGGGCGAGAGUUCGGUGCCCGGCUCCGAGUCGCUGUCGCGCGCCAGCAACCACCGGCAGUCGCUGCGCAUCCGGCGCUCCCUGCGCGAGACGCCGCCGCUACGCAGCCGCAGCAACUCCCUGCAGCCGACGUCACUUCAGCACGGCAACAUUCCGUUUGUGUUCGGCCCCAAGAUUACAAAGGCGCGCGGCACCGCCACGCCAGAGAGUGGCUCCACGGCCUCCCCGGAGCCGACGCGGCCCGUCGCCGGGGCCGGCGGCGGCCACGUGAACCCCACCUUCGUCAUCACGGAGGAGUCGGACUUUGAGUCGGAGCCGGCCGGCCGGCAGUCGGGCACGGCGACGCCGCCGAGCCCGAGCCCUCCCGAGUCGGAGGGCUCCACGGCUCGCCGCUCCUCCCAGGAGUCCUGCAGCUCGCAGGCGACUCUGCCGGCCGCCACGGCGGAGGAUGAGCCUCCGAGCCGGGGCGGCCGGACUGGAGCCGGGCAGCGCGGGCCGCCGCCGGAGCCGGCCCUGCCGCUGGUCACCCUGCCGACCAUAGCCGUCACCGACGAUAUCGACGACACCCCGACGACGCCGACCGACGACAGCGGCGUCACCAUCAGCAGACUCUGAGCGGGCAGCAACAGCAACAGCCCACAGCCCCUGAGGUGACUCAUCAGCAGACUGUGGGGGCACCAUCAGCAGACCGAGGUGACCCAUCAGCAGACCGAGGUGACCCAUCAGCAGACCGAGGUGACUCAUCAGCAGACUCUGAGAGGACGCCAUCGUCCAGAAGUAAACUCUGAGAUCAGUAAACGCAGCAGCAGCCCUUCACGGUCGGAGUGACACCAUUGCAGCAAGCUUUGAACGGUGGAAAUAACAAAAUAAGUGACUUCCAAGCCCGUAUAACAAUGAAAGGAACUUGGCGUCACACCCGCUGAAUGCUGGUUGUAGCCAAAGCGGGGUCACACGACAAACACACCUAAACCCGUAUCGAAGCUUCCUCCCCGUUUGGCAGCGACAACUUCUAUAUUGGGAACGGAACAAUGAAAUCGGCAGGCAGAGCCUCAACAAAAGAUCACCGACUCGUGAUCGCAGGCUAUUAGAUAAUUUUAUGUAGAACGUUUUAUUCGUUGACAUUUUCCGUCGAUCUGUUUUCCUUUCAAUGUGUGACCGCUGACCAAGAAGUUCUGUGACCAAAACAUCGACUGUACCCUCGUGGCAUAGUAGAUACACUUCGGUAAUUUUGUAUGCGUGUUAUUGUUCUGCUGUGUAAUGUAGGUAUCCAUGCGUGCGACAAGCCAUGAAAGGACGGAUGCAGUUUUGUUCCAGUUAAUCAUGGACACGUUUAUGACAUAUGCAAGAUGCAACGAUUGAAUGAAUUAUGAACCAUGUCAAUCGGUCUUCGAAUUGCCUUUCCCUGAACAUGACUUGUUGUCAUUGCAUGACUUGAUCAUUCCGGACCCGUAUUACCUACAUGAUUGCAAUAGAUGCGCUGUUUAUUGCUAUUUUGUGGUUCGGAAGUGCUCUUCCUCGUGAUCGAUCGUCGAUAGCAGGAGCCGUGUUGUCCAGUGUGUGUCGAAGUUGAUAUCAGUCCAUGAGGCAGUUCGCAACUCAUUUAGAAGAUUUAUGAAACACGUGUCAACGACGUAUCAUGGGCGGACGUUCAGCGCCGAAGUGCCUGCAGGGAAACUUUAUUUCCUCUUAUGAUUCCGUGUUGCAGUCGUUCUGAUGGCAGUGCCUGGUUAUAGUGCAAGUAACGGCAAUGGUGUUAUCAUAGCUCGGUGACAGAGUUGUUAAGUGACGAAUGUCUCCGACUUAACGAGUAACGAGUGCUAAGUAUGAGUUUGAUGUCUUGAAGUGGCAGGCGACGUUUCCCCGAGGUGCUCCCUGGUAUGCAAUAUAAAUAGAUGAUUUUAUAGCGUGAGAGCGUGCCAUAUGACACGCUUCAUAAGUAGUGAAUCCGUCUCCGAUGAAGUGUCAUCAGGUGCCUUCAACUAAGACUGUUGUUUGUUACAGUUUUAAAGAUAUAAAUAUAAGGAAUUUAAGAA